CAGCAUCAGGCCAGGAGUCCCGGCGACGGGAAGCUCCUGGCCCAUGCGUCCAACACUGCCAUAAAACCAUCGCCCGGCCAUCACUCUCUGCCGCGAAAGAAGACGCCAUCCGACGUCAGGAACACCCCGUCGACGCAACAGUUCCAGCGCGCUCAGUCGCUGAGGCGUAGCUGCCUGUCGCCGACCCAGUAUCACCAUCAGCAGCAGCAUCAUCCUCAUCGUCAGCAAGAGAGCUCGUUGCACUUCGAAUACUUCGUGCCGCGCAGCGUCAGCGAGUUCAACCUGGCCGCGGCGGUGGUCACGGACAUGGCCGUGCCCCCGCCGCCCCCCUCCACCGUUCUGCGACCUGCCUCGGCGAUCACGCCACCGGUCGCCUCGGUCGCGAACCCCGCCCCUCUGAAUCAGUCACGCCUCCUGGAGUGCACCAGCACCACCACCAGGAGUCGCGAGAAGAUGGUCACCUUUGAGGACGAGGGCGUCAACUGUGCCACGUCCACGCCCACUAGAAAGAACGUUUCCGGCCUCGACAACGUUUUUAUGUGACGCUGCGAUUACGGUUGAACGCGAGCGCCAUUAAACGAACUCUUGGUUUUGCAAGGAGGUUGACCGGGUUUGCCACGAAAUUUCGGGACUACGGGGAUGAUCGGUACGAUCGAGAAUGUUCUGUUCGCGAAGGGGAUCGUUUGCACCGUGUUUGCUCAAUGACGAACGAAUGCUAGACUACGAAUACUGUAAGGAGGAACUGGCUGAGAAGUAGAAACGCUGGUAGGUGUAAUGGAACAGCGACUCUUGAUUGUAUUAUAAUAGAUUCUUCGAGCGUCGACGAGAGGAACGGCCUGCAGAAUGAUUGAUGCACAGUGUGCUCUUUGGAAGAACGAAAAGGAAGAACGCCAAGAGCACGGUCAUGUUUUCCAAAGCGAUUUUGAGAAUGUCUGAGCAUAACUUGUGUACAGAUCUCCUGAUUCGAAGAUAUUCGAGCCGGGGAUCCCCGGUUCUCGAGCGACGGAAUGCCCGCCGAACGAAAGACACUAAAUUUCUAUCGUUUAAAUUAUAACAACCGUUACUGUAACACUAAUUAAUAUUCUUAUCGCUGCUGAUACUCUUGUUCUUACCAUUAUCGUUGCUAGGUUACAUAACUGUCCGCGAAACUGCGACUUCGCUGGCGAACGUACUUUGUACGACGCGCGACGCGUCACACUUCCACGAACUAUCAACAUACGAGAUAACGCCGCCUCUUCUACCCUCUAGUAUCUUUCUUCUGAAACCUGAUGGUACGCUUGGCGGAAGAAAUACGGCGAAGUUGUAGAAUUUGAGGUCUCGGGGAAGAACCCUGCAUACUUUUUAGACUUUGGCACGUAAUGGUGUAAGCGUUGCAGGGUGGGAGGCGAAAAACACAUUUUACGCUUUCUAUCUUUAAGAUUAUCGUUUUCCGUGCCACUCGAGUAUGUCCCUUGCACCUCGCUGUAUCCCUUCCACCAAGAAUGUGCCCAGUGGAGCGUAAUUUGCAGUAAAAUAGGAGAAGGAUAAUUGUAUCGAGGUUGGUCCUUGAGAAAAUCCAAAGCAACUUUGUCAUUUCCAAACUCGAUUGGCUGCUGAAGACGAUAGGGCAGCCCCUCCUACUACCCAUGGCUCCGCCUCUCGGUCCUUAGCCACGCCCCUCGGUUUUAGCCCCGCCCCAUUUGGUUUCUCCCCCAAGCUCUAUUUGAAAAACGAAGAGCAGCCAAUCGAUUUUGCUGUAACAAUGUAACGUUGCGAAAACGUAGUUUUCUUCGCAUUUUCAACUAAUUUCUGUACCAUAGAAUCGUCCCUCCGCCAUUCUGCGAAUUAGGCGCCACUCUGUAUUUUCGUAAAGUAAAAGACUUUUUUAAAGACUGCACGCUUACAAAGAACCCACGGAUUCGUGUAUACAGGGUGUUGAAUGAUUAAUUCAACGAUUGUUCUUUUCGAAAUUACGAUACUUAAGAGGCGGUGUAAGAGGAACAGAAAGA